UUUAUUUUAUUUUAUUCUAUUUUAUCUUUUAAUUUUAUCUUUUGAUUUUAUCUUUUGAUUUUAAUUUUGCUCCCAUUUUUUCUUUUUAUUAAAACAAUACUAAUCUUGAAUUGUAAUGUCUAAUACAGACUUUCUUACGGUAAACUAAUAAAAAGAGCUAUUGACAUUGCAAAAAAGGCUACUGAAGAGGAUCGUAAUGAAAAUUAUAAAGAUGCAUACAAUUUAUAUCAAAACUGUCUAGAAUAUUUUAUGACGGCUAUUCGAUAUGAAAAGAAUGAUAGAUUAAAAGAACGAAUUCGUGAAAAGCUAAUAGAGUAUUUGGAUAGAGCAGAGACUCUAAAAACAUUUUUAAAUGUUCAGCAUGAGAAGGAAAGCCUUAAAAAUAGUAGUAGUCCAACCAAAAAUAAAACAACGAAAAAAGCAAUGGGAACAGCUGAUGAUGAUGCUGAUGCUGAUGAUGAAAAUGAUACAGAUAUGAAAAAAUUACGUGCUGGUUUAAUAGGAGCUAUUUUAACAGAAAAACCAAAUGUGAGUUGGAAUGAUGUUGCUGGAUUGGAAGGUGCAAAGGAGGCAUUAAAAGAGGCAGUUAUUUUACCUAUCAAGUUCCCACAUCUCUUUACAGGUCAACGUAAACCAUGGCGAGGCAUCUUAUUGUAUGGUCCUCCAGGCACAGGUAAAUCUUAUUUAGCCAAGGCGGUAGCUACAGAAUCCAAUGCUACUUUCUUUUCCAUCUCUUCUUCUGAUCUAGUCUCUAAAUGGUUGGGCGAGAGUGAGAGACUCGUUAAGGAACUAUUUCAAAUGGCAAGAGAGAAUAAACCUUCUAUUGUCUUUAUUGAUGAAGUAGAUUCUCUUUGUGGUUCAAGAGGUGAUGGAGAUUCUGAGGCUUCUCGUCGUAUCAAAACAGAAUUUUUAGUUCAAAUGAAUGGUGUAGGGAAUGAUAUGGAUGGUGUACUUGUACUAGGGGCCACAAAUAUACCUUGGCAACUUGAUUCUGCGAUUAGAAGAAGAUUUGAACGGCGUAUUUAUAUCCCUUUACCUGAUCUUAAUGCACGCGCUAAUUUAUUUUCUUUAAAUGUUGGAAAUACACCUUGUACCUUAACACAGCAAGAUUAUAAACGACUCGCAGAGAUGACAAAUGGGUAUUCUGGAUCUGAUAUUGCUGUUUUAGUAAGAGAUGCAUUAAUGCAACCUAUUCGUAAAGUUCAAAACGCUACUCAUUUUAAGCUUGUAACUGCACCUUCACGUACUCAACCAAGAACAAUAACACCAAUACAGUCCUAUUUUACGCCUUGUUCACCAGGUGAUCCUGAUGCUCAAGUAAUGAAUUGGAUGGAUAUUGAAGGAGAUCAAUUAUUAGAACCAGAGUUAACAAUACAAGAAUUUUUAAAAGCUGCAAAGAAUUCUCGGCCUACAGUAAAUGAAACUGACAUAAAGCAACAUGUUAGUUUUACUCAAGAUUUUGGACAAGAAGGAUAAAAAAGAAAAGAAAAAGAAAAGAAAAGAAUAGAAAAAGAAAGGUCGUUUAUAUAAAGUAUUCAUUCAUUUUUUUUUUUUGUUUAUUU